AUGGGAAACAACGCCUCGACAUCUUCCGAUAGUGAAAAGAACUUCAGUGUCUUCAAAGAGAAGGUCUAUGAAUGGACCGGGAAGACUGAGAUGGAAGUCUUGUUUGACACUGAUAUGACCCCAUUCAAUCAAAAAGUCAUUAACGACUACACAAAACAAAGAGACGUUUUAUUACUCUUCUUUGACUCGAAAAAUGAUGUCCUUGGACAAUUCAGACUUGUCAAUGGAAAGAAUGGAGUGUCUUACAAAACACUCACUUGCUCUUUUGUGUAUAACGGAGUGGCAAAUCCACUCUUCUGGAACUGGAAAAAUGCGUCAUUUAAAUCAAAGGGAGUCCCUGUGUUUAUGUAUUCAUCACAAUCUCUUUUUGAAACAUCAAAUUGCGUCAUUAAAAGGUCAGCAAUCAACAACGUCGGAAACAAAAACGUGAGAGAAAUGAUUGACGUCCCAAUCAGAAUGAGUUUCAUUCCAAAUUCUAACAACCAAAACAACGAAUCAAUGUGUUUUGUGAAAAGAAUGAUUGUAGUUGAAUUAUUGUAA